GGUAAACAUCGAUCAAGUUUAAUCAUUAUUGCACAAAGAAUUCGGUCGUAAAAAUUGAAUCUUAAAUAAUCUUGGAAUCGUAUCAGCCAUAAUUAUUUGUUGAAUUAAAAUAUUAAUAUUUAAAAGAAAAUGGCUCCAAAAGCUCCCGUAAAUGCUGCAAAACCUAACGGAGUUGUAUAUAAAGACAAAAGUAAACCGGCAGAUGUUAGACGAAGUAAUAUCAAUGCAGCUAAAGCGAUUUCCGAUGCUAUUAGGACAAGUUUGGGACCUAGGGGAAUGGAUAAGAUGAUUCAAGCUGGAAAUGGUGAAGUAACAAUAACAAAUGACGGGGCUACAAUUUUAAAACAAAUGAAUGUUAUACAUCCAGCCGCAAAAAUGUUGGUUGGAUUAUCACGAGCACAAGAUAUCGAAGCUGGGGAUGGAACCACUUCUGUGGUUGUUUUAGCUGGUGCGCUCUUAGAAGCUGCAGAAAAACUGCUUCACAAAGGCAUUCAUCCAUCGGCAAUAUCAGAUUCAUUCCAAAAAUGUGCAGUUAAAGCGGUGGAAAUUUUGACCGAAAUGUCUACACCGAUAGAACUUACAGAUCGGGAAUCAUUAAUUAAGAGUGCAUCAACAUCACUGAAUUCUAAAGUUGUGUCUCAACAAAGUAGUUUACUGGCUCCAAUUGCGGUCGAUGCAGUACUAAAAGUUAAUGAAUCUACUAAGGAAUCCAAUGUUGAUUUAAAUAAUAUCAAAAUCAUUACAAGUUUGGGUGGAACAGUUGAAGAUACUGAAAUGGUUGAAGGUUUAGUAUUUACAAGCCGAUCAGCUGGAGUGAAUGCUCCAAAAAGAAUUGAGAAAGCCAAAAUUGGUUUAAUCCAGUUUUGUAUUUCACCUCCUAAAACUGAUAUGGAUCACAACGUUAUUGUAUCAGAUUACGCUGCAAUGGAUCGUGUACUUAAAGAGGAACGUUCUUAUAUUUUGAAUAUUGUAAAACAAAUAAAAAAAACUGGUUGUAAUGUUUUACUUGUUCAAAAAUCGAUUUUACGGGAUGCUGUUUCAGAUUUGGCACAACAUUUUCUGGAUAAAAUUAAAUGUUUGGUUGUUAAAGACAUUGAACGUGAAGAUAUUGAAUUCAUUUGUAAAACUCUGGGAUGUCGGCCAAUUGCAUCUUUGGAUCAUUUUGUUGCUGAAAGUUUGGUUUCAGCAGAUUUAGCCGAAGAAAUUCCAAGUGGAAGUACCAAAUUUGUGAAAAUCACUGGAAUUCAAAAUCCAGGUCGUACAGUAUCAAUUAUAGUUCGCGGAUCAAAUAAGUUAAUAUUAGCUGAAGCUGAGCGCUCUUUGCAUGAUGCUUUGUGUGUUGUUCGAUGUUUAGUGAAGAAGAGAGCCCAAAUCGCUGGAGGAGGUGCUCCAGAAAUAGAAAUGGCGUUACAAUUAGCACAGUAUGCUAAUACACUUCAGGGUGUGGAUGCUUAUUGUUUCCAUGCAUUUGCUGACGCCAUGGAAGUUAUACCAUCUACUUUAGCUGAAAAUGCUGGUUUAAAUCCAAUUUCUACGGUAACCGAAUUGAGAAAUCGUCACGCCCAAGGAGAAAAAAAUGCUGGAAUAAACGUUCGUAAGGGAGCUAUUACAGAUAUUUUGUCUGAGAAUGUGGUGCAACCUUUAUUGGUCAGUACUUCAGCAAUAACUUUUGCGACCGAAACAGUUAGAUCAAUUUUGAAAAUUGAUGAUAUUGUAAACACUCUUUAAUUACAGAGAUUUUUGAUACCAUUUAUUAACUGGGAUUACGCCUUAUACAAUUGAAGUGUAUUACUUUAAUAUUAACAAUUUAUGCUCUUUCUCAACUUAUAUUUUAAAUUAAUUUAGUUCAUAAAAUACCAUUUUGAUGAUUUCACAUUAAUAAUAUUUCACUCUGUCAUAAUUCUGAAUAAAUUUAAAUAAUGGAAAAGAAAAUCAUUGUAAUUUUUACAAAA